CAGGUACAGCAGAAGCCGCUGACGUCACGAAGCUGCCUGACAGGUACACGUGGCUCCCCGGCGAACUUGGCCUGGCGUUGACAGCGCGGCGCGAGCACACCAAGUCAGGCCGGCGUGGACGACUGACCCCGGAAGCUACGACUGAAGCAGGAGUAUGCAGACCACACUCGCAACGUUGUUGCUGGCGGCCGCCACGUUGUGUCUUGCAAACGACGCAUCUAAGACGCCGCCGCCCUCUACUGGCCAGCAACAACAGCAGUUCUACCAACCGCCAAAGCCAGAGGUUGUGCAAAAGCAUCUGCACAAACUGUUCGUGGAGGAGCUGGACAAGGAUGGCGACCAGUACGUCAACGCGGCCGAGCUGAAAGAGUAUCUCAAGAAGUUCCACAGCCGUCUCAUCCUGGACAGUAUCGACAAGCAGUGGGUCUACUUCGACAAGGAGAUGCAGGAGAAGACACCCGGCGUCAAGGUGCUCAAGUGGGAAACCUACAAGAAGCUUUCUUUCCCGGACAGAGACCUGGAGAAAGCCGGCGAAGAGGGGAAGCAGGCGAAGGCGAUGCUGGAGCGCACCGAGCGUCGCUGGAAGCUUGCCGACUUCGACAACGAUGGUGCUUUGGACAAGGCUGAGUUCAAAAGUUUCCUGCACCCCGAGGAAGACGAGCGUGUUCGAGACGUUGUUGUCACCGAGGCCACCGAGCUGAUGGACACCGACAAGAAUGGCAUCGUCUCCUUCGAGGAGUACAUGGAGCACCUGAAGCGCGUCUCCGGACCGGAAAAGGACAAGGACAAGAACUGGGCACCGGCGCAGCAGAGCCACUUCAGCACGUACAUGGACAAGGACAAGGACGGUGCGCUGAACGAGGCCGAGAUGCGCGACUGGGUGCUUCCCAGCCACGACCGCGAGGAGGGCGAGGCCUGGAGGCUCAUCUCGGUGGGAGACGUCAACCAGGACACGCGUCUCACUAAGGAGGAAGUGGCUGCACAUCCAGACUACUUCAUGGGCAUUUUGCCGCACGAAUUCUGGCAGCAGGAGGGACACGCCGGCACGGUCAAGCAGAAGGAGGAACUGUGAGCAGCACGCCGCGGGCUACCCCAUGUGAUAAGAGUCGUGCGUGUACAGCAACGUGGACUCCAAGUGUCGGUGGCCAACAGCGGGACGUCGCGCAUCACAGACAAUCGCACACUGCACAAGCAGUAUUCAGUCAUUGGGGUAGGGAGUCCUGGACUCGGGCGUACAAAGGACGUGGGCCUAGAAAUAACUGCAGGCAGAGCAACGAACCUUCUCAACCGAAAUAGUUGGCAUAUUUAAACAUUUCACGCGAAUCAAUGAGAAGUUGUUACGGUAAACGUACAGCCGUACCUCUCGGCGUUGGAAAGGGAACCACCUGAGUGUCGGUCUGCGACUGUUUUUACUACACCCCAAUAGCAUUAUUUUUGCAAUCCAUCGAAGCUCCUCCAGAUCUAAUAUAUUUCCCCCUGUGUAUUGUGCAUUUACAGUACCUCCUCGCAAGGCGCUUGUUGUAUGUUGUCUUCUGCUGUAAAAGUAGCGUUUUAUUUAUAUUCCUCCAUUUCUGGCUCUCGACAUCUUCCUGGAUCCGGGACACUGUACAAAUGCCUUGGUGCAUUUCGUAUUGAAAAAAUAAAUAAAGAGAAACCUAAUAAA